GCAGUAAUUCCGGGCCGGAAAAAAUCCAUCAAAAUGGUUGCACAAAAGAAACAGAAAAAAGCUAUGGAGAGCAUCAACUCCAGACUUGCUCUUGUCAUGAAGUCUGGAAAGUACGUCUUGGGAUACAAGCAGACCAUCAAGUCUCUUAGACAAGGAAAAGCUAAGCUUGUAAUUAUUGGAAACAACACUCCACCUCUAAGAAAAUCUGAAAUCGAGUACUACGCUAUGCUUGCCAAAACCGGAGUUCACCACUACACGGGUAACAACAUUGAACUUGGUACAGCUUGUGGAAAGUACUUCAGAGUAUGUACUUUGUCCAUCACUGACCCAGGAAAUUCGGACAUUAUUAAAUCCAUGCCAACUGCUGAAUAA